AUGGUGCUGUCGGUGCCCGUGAUCGCGCUGGGCGCCACGCUGGGCACGGCCACCAGCAUCCUCGCGCUGUGCGGGGUCACCUGUCUGUGUCGGCACAUGCACCCCAAGAAGGGGCUGCUGCAGCGGGACCGGGACCCCGACCCGGAGAAGGCGAGAUCCGGCGUACUCCAGCCCGCCCAACAGUUCAACGUUAAAAAGUCGACGGAGCCCGUCCAGCCCCGGGCCCUUCUCAAGUUCCCAGACAUCUACGGACCUAGGCCGGCUGUGACGGCCCCGGAGGUCAUCAACUAUGCCGACUACACCCUGAGGAGCACAGAGGAGCCAGCUGCGUCUGCCAGUCCCCAGGCCCCAAAGGACAGCCGCCUCAAGAGGCAGGUCACAGAGGAGCUGUUCAUCCUUCCUCAGAAUGGUGUGGUGGAGGAUGUCUGUGUCAUGGAGACCUGGAACCCGGAGAAGGCUGCCAGCUGGAACCAAGCCCCCAAACUCCACUACUGCCUGGAGUAUGACCAGCAGAAAGCAGAACUGUUUGUGACUCGCUUGGAAGCUGUGACCAGUGACCAUGACGGAGGCUGUGACUGCUAUGUCCAAGGCAGCGUGGCCAACAGGACGGGCUCCGUGGAGGCCCAGACGGCCCUGAAGAAGCGGGAGCUGCACACUGCCUGGGAGGAAGGCCUCGUGCUCCCCCUGGCGGAGGAGGAGCUUCCCGCAGCGACCCUGACGCUGACCCUGAGGACCUGCGACCGCUUCUCCCGCCACAGUGUGGCUGGGGAGCUUCGCCUGGGCCUGGAUGGGGUGUCUGUGCCUCUGGGGACCGCCCAGUGGGGGGAGCUGAAGACUUCAAGUAAGGAGCCCUCUGCCGGCACCGGAGAGGUCCUCCUCUCCAUCAGCUACCUCCCGGCUGCCAACCGCCUCCUGGUCGUGCUGAUUAAGGCCAAGAACCUCCACGCUAACCAGUCCAAGGAGCUCCUGGGGAAGGAUGUGUCUGUCAAGGUGACCUUAAAGCACCAAGCUCGGAAGCUAAAGAAGAAGCAAACGAAACGAGCCAAGCACAAGAUCAACCCUGUGUGGAACGAGAUGAUCAUGUUCGAGCUGCCCGAUGACCUGCUGCGGGCCUCCAGCGUGGAGCUGGAGGUGCUGGGCCAGGAGGAGGAGGGGCAGAGCUGCGCGCUGGGCCGCUGCAGCCUGGGCUUGCACGCCUCGGGCUCCGAGCGCAGCCACUGGGAAGAGAUGCUCAAAAACCCACGCCGGCAGAUCGCCAUGUGGCACCAGCUGCAUCUGUAGCUGGCUUCUUGGGCCACCUCCCUUCUCGGGUAGAGCCCUGCCCCUUCAGUCCCAGCUGUCCUCUGUGACCUCUUCUUUGUGCCACAUCUUCAUUCUGACACCAGGAAGACAGAUGUGUUUGCAAAGGCCAGGACCCUAAUCCUCUCUCAUCACACUCCUGUUCCUAAAACAUGAGCAAGGCACAGCAGGGCGGGGCAGUGUGUGGACAUUUGGGUCACACCGAGGAAUGCAUUUUGUUCAUCUGUGUCAUUGAAGAGACACUUAUCAAAUACAGCCCAUGUGCAGAUUUUGUGGCAGGGGGUGGGGAGAGAUCUGUCCAGAUGCAGAUAAAGCUGAAUUUGUGGAGUAAUAAGUACAAAGAAUGUGGUUUUUUUUUUUUUAAAUGAGCGUUUCAAAAAUGAUAAAGAAAAUAAAAGUAUUCUGGAUCGACUCACAGAAUGAGAGAUUGUCAGGGUGGGAUGAAAUCCCAGCCAGCAGGAAGCGUGCUCCGGAGCCAAGGCAGUAGGAACCCGCAGUUCUCAAACCUUAGUGUGUGAAGACACCACCAGCAGAUUCCCGGGCCCACCUGUAGACAUUCCGAAUCAGCGUUCCUGGCCGGACCCCAGGAGCCUGCCUUUUUAACAAGCACAUCACGUUUGGAUGCAGAGGUGGGGGCACUGCGCUUGGAGAAAUCCCUUCUACAACAUUCCAGACAGGUUCCCACCGUCCUUGUUGGGGCCCAGCACCCUGGGCAACCAGUUCCAGUGCUGGACUGAGGCAGCCAUCAGUGUGAGAUUUGGAAGCCUCUGUGUUUUUUUCAUUUAAUUGUCUUAAUUCUUGAUAUUUUCAUUUGUGCUUUUCAGAUCCUGCUCUUGGAUUGAAUUUGUACUUUGUAUUGAAAACUUUCUUGUUUUAUCUCAAAAUCAGUUUAUAUUAUAUUCAGGGGAACCUUUCCUGACAAUAUACAGGUGGGAUCCCCCCUAUUAGUCAUUGGGCGCUAGUUGUCACAUCCACCAGCAUCACCAAAGUGACCCUCUGAGACAGACCCAUCCCUUCUAGCAGUCCAGCCACAUCAGGAAGAAUUCAGUUGGGGGAGGGGCAUACAUUAAUUGUGGAAGUGGAGAAGGGAGAUACCUAAGUAGGAAGCAAAGACUUUUACAAAUGUGCCUCCCACUUCCAUUUUCAGGGCCUAUCACUAAAGUCAGUAAAGAAGGUUUCAGAUUCCUACCUUAUUAUUCCAAAAAGCUGUCCACGUCAUUAAUUAAAUUAUGAGCUUUGUGGAGUGGGUCUAAUGUUUGCCCCUGAACCAGGUCUCCUGGGUUCUGUUGCUGGCCAUCUGAUGAACAGGGCUGAUGGCAUGGCAGCUCUGUUUGUGUGAGCGAUGUGAUAAAGGAAAGAGCACUCAAAAGCUGUAGGCGCUCCCUGGCUAAAACUGAAUUCUGAGACCUCCAGCAGAUCACCUGUAAGCUUUAUGCUGGCAGCUCACAAUGCUUGGCAAGUGCAGAACCACCCCAGGUAUUUCCAGAACCAUGAAUUCUGCAUUUGCACUCCUUAAUACUGACGUCCAAACUCCGGGCCUUCCGAUGUCACCCAAGUCCUGACCGAAAAGUGAAUUGCUAGACAAGAUGGGUAAGGGCUAUCUUUGAACCUCCAACAGAGUCCAGUCAUUUUUGGCCUCUCCCUGUGAGUCUGAGCAGAGGCCUCAUCAUCCUUAGAUAUUACUUUUUCCUUUCUGUACAGAAGUAGAGACGCAUUAGAAACAACUUCUACCUGUCCCUUCCCCCGAAGAAACCGAAAAAAAAUAUCUAAUCCCUCUUUAAUGGGAAAAUCUUACAGAUCAUUGGAAAUCUUGAUCACUAAGGUUGACCACCUUUGCCAAGUCAUUUUUUAGGCAAAGCGUUUGUUAGUGAUCUCCUUUAUCGUGUUUUUGAGAUCCUGCUCCCCGCCCCCUCCCCAUCAUCACUCCGCUCUCCCUUUUUCAGUUGGGCGUAGCUAAAAGAGAAUAAAACAUCCCUAUGUAAGCUGACCGGUACUCUCUUCUUGGUAACAUCUGCUACUCCAAUCUGAAAGAGUCUGGAUUCUAGGCUUAAAAUCAGGAAACAUGGUUCCACUUCCUUAUGAAUCUAUGCAUCUGUCUUACAGUCACACCAAAGGAUGUUUGGGGUGGGUUGUGUAAGGUCUCUGAUCUCAGAAAUGUCCACUCCACCCAUGGUCAUUCUACCAUGAGGCAUUUAUUUCUUUGCAUCUCAAAGGUUUAGUUUUCCAGAAUCUGUACAUUAAAGGUUGCCCGUGAUGAGUCCAAUGCCACCACAGGGCAUUGUAGGUGUCAGCGGUCACCUCUCUGAGCAGGCAUGUACAGAAAUGAGGUAGCUUUUAAAGGAGUUUUUGUCUGUUGUGUUCACUUGUGUGUUCCAAGCACUUAGAAUAAAGCUGGCACAUGGGACCUCAAUAUUUGUUGAAUAAAUGAAUGAAUAAAGGAUGGAUGGGGAGUAGACAGAAAAUGACACUGCAAGUGGCAUAAAAAUCAGAGUCCUAGCUGAUUUCUCAAUGGUAAAGUCAUCAGAAAUCUCACUUGGCCUAGAAACUCAUGACACUGAGUAUCACCGUUCACCUAAUGACAAUUUGUAGUUCUCCGUGAAAAUGUCAUUCAUGAUAGGAGAGAAUACAGUUGUUGUGCUUUUUCACCCAAACUUUGUCUUGGUGAAUUUUAUAUUACUCAGAGAUAUCAGCCUGACAAAUUAAAAAACUUUAGUAAUCUUUGCAUCAGCUUACCUUGCAAGAAACAUUGGCAAUUUACAGAGUAAUUGGCUCUCUGUGAGCACAUCUGAUCUUUUUGAAAGGAACACAUUGUACUUUGCCAGGGAAGUAUUUUCUAAGAUGGGCAUGAAACAGAGGUGGAAAUAAAGAAACCAAAUGAGACUGGGCUGUUGCCCACAAGGUGAUCUGGUUCUUUCAUAGGUAUGGCAAUGGGGAUAAAGGAUUGGGAGUCCACUUGUAUCAAUCUGUGAUUCUACUUACAUCAAACCAAUAUCCGUUUGUUGAGUGCCUAUUGAUCAAGACCUUGCAUGUGUUUGUCCAUUUCAAUUUGAGGUGUGACUCUUGGUAUGGGUUGAGGGACAAAUCACCCCAAAUGACACCAUGUAGAGAGCAAGGUGGGAGAAUAGUUUUUCAAGGGCCAUUCCUUUAGUAUGUACAGAGUCCUGGGUGGCAGGUGGCUGUAGCCUAAGCCAAAUCGAGGCAAGGACCACAAAAAGAGAGAGCUAGCCCUUGUGAUUUGUUUCUGCCGCCCAUGUUUCCUGUUGUCAAUGCUACCUGUGUAUUUGUUUGCAAUUAUGAACUGAAGCACAAAAAGAAGCAUGAGACAUCGAAAUCAUAUGUCUGGUGUCACACUUUGGAGCAAAAAC